ACCCAGACCUCAGACCCCAGACCCAGACCUCAGACCCAGACCUCAGACCCAGACCUCAGACCCCAGACCCAGACCUCAGACCCCAGACCCAGACCUCAGACCCCAGACCCAGACCUCAGACCCAGACCUCAGACCCAGACCUCAGACCCAGACCUCAGACCUCAGACCCAGACCUCAGACCCCAGACCCAGACCUCAGACCCAGACCUCAGACCCAGACCUCAGACCCCAGACCUCAGACCCAGACCCAGACCUCAGACCCAGACCCAGACCUCAGACCCCAGACCCAGACCUCAGACCCAGACCUCAGACCCAGACCUCAGACCCCAGACCCAGACCUCAGACCCAGACCUCAGACCUCAGACCCAGACCUCAGACCCAGACCUCAGACCCAGACCUCAGACCCAGACCUCAGACCCCAGACCCAGACCUCAGACCCAGACCCAGACCCAGACCUCAGACCCAGACCUCAGACCUCAGACCCAGACCCAGACCCAGACCUCAGACCCCAGACCCAGACCUCAGACCUCAGACCCACACCUCAGACCUCAGACCCAGACCUCAGACCCAGACCCAGACCUCAGACCCAGACCUCAGACCCCAGACCCAGACCUCAGACCUCAGACCCAGACCUCAGACCCAGACCCAGACCUCAGACCCAGACCUCAGACCUCAGACCCAGACCCAGACCUCAGACCCCAGACCCAGACCUCAGACCUCAGACCCAGACCUCAGACCUCAGACCCAGACCUCAGACCCAGACCCAGACCUCAGACCUCAGACCCAGACCUCAGACCUCAGACCUAGACCUCAGACCUCAGACCUCAGACCCAGACCUUAGACCAAGAUCUCAGACCCAGACCUCAGACCCAGACCUCAGACCCAGACCUCAGACCCAGAUCUCAGACCCAGACCUCAGACCCAGACCUCAGACCCCCAGCUGGCUGACUUCAUUCUGGAUCACGACUGAAAACUUCCAAAAUUAA